AUUUGUGCGUGUCGACUUCGGGAUUGAAUUACACGCUUAUAAAGCUUCUUUUUCUGUUCCCUUCUGGUUCUGAAGGUUUUUCUAAGUCUCGUUAAAUAACUUUUCGCCCCUCAGAGAGUCAUGGCUGCGCUGGAUCUGCGUCUGGACACCAAGAAACAGGUGGAUGCCUUCUGCCAGCAGGUCACAAAGGAGGCGGAGGAACUGCUCUCCGUAUUUUUCCCUCAGAAGAUGGAGGAGCUGGAGAUGCUGCUGAAGUCCUCCUUCAGCUUAGAUGAUCUAGCGUCUCUGAAGGCUCCGCUGGACAUCCCCAUCCCAGAUCCGGCUAAAGAGGAGGCCAAGCGCAAGAAGAAGGAGGAGAAGGAGGCUAAAGAGGGGAAGAAAGACGACAAGGACAGCGAUAAAGAGGACGAAGAUUCAGGACCUCCCUGCGGUCCGAUCUGCUCCAACGAGCGGGUGGAGAGCCUCCUGCAGGAGGUCAGACGCGAGAUCCAGACGCUGAAAGAGAAGCUCAACACGGUGGCGAUGUGGGUGCAACUCCAGAUCCCCAGAAUUGAGGACGGGAACAACUUUGGAGUGGCGGUCCAGGAGAAAGUGUUCGAGUUGCUGACAAACACGCGCACCAAGAUCGAAGCUUUCCAGACUCAGAUUUCCAAAUACUACAACGAGAGAGGCGACGCCGUGGCCAAAGCCUCGAAACUAACCCACGUGGGGGACUACCGGCAGCUGGUCCACGAGCUGGACCAGGCCCAGUACUGCGAGCUCCGCCUGGCGCUGAUGGAGAUCCGCAACAUUUAUGCCGUGCUGUUUGACAUCAUUAACAAGAAUUAUGACAAGAUUAAGAAGCCCAGAGGAGACGGGAAAGCUCUCAUCUACUGAGGCGGAGUGGAGCCCAUCCAGCAGCUCGACCCCCGCCCUGACAGAAACCUCCUCACGUUCUCGCUCUGUGUGCAUUUCGAGUUCAAAUUACAGAAUUAAACAAAACACAAGUCCUGCUUUUUCUGGCGUUAAGUUUCACCGUCACAAAUAAAGAACAGAUACAUUCA